ACCGAGUGCUUCAACUUCAUCCGCAUCCUGGUUCAGCUGAACAAGACCCACCUUUACACCUGUGGCACCUACGCCUUCAGCCCCACCUGCGCCUACAUCGACGUGGAGAAUUUCACGCUGGUGGCCGAUGCCAAAGGGCAGCCCCUCCUGCAGGAAGGCAAAGGGCUCUGCCCCUUCGACCCGCGGCACCAGAACACGGCGCUCAUUGUGGAUGGAGAGCUCUACACGGGCACCAUGAAUAACUUCCAGGGCAACGAGCCGGUCAUCUCUCGGACCCUGGGCAGCCGGACUGUUCUGAAGACGGACGGCUUCCUCACCUGGCUGCACGACGAUGCUGUGUUCGUGGCCUCGUUCAACGUCCCGGGGCCCCCGGAGGAGGAAAAGAUCUAUUUCUUCUUUGAAGAGACAGCGAAGGAAUUUGACUUCUUUGAGAAACUGACCGUGUCCCGUGUCGCCCGGGUGUGCAAGAACGACGUUGGCGGGGACAAGGUCCUCCAGAAGAAGUGGACCACCUUCCUGAAGGCCCAGCUCUCGUGCAGCCAGGCGGGGCUCUUCCCCCACACCGUCCUCCAGCACGUCUUCGCUCUCCCGCAGCCGGGCGGCGGCUCCCUCUUUUACGGGGUCUUCGCUUCUCAGUGGCAGACUGGGAGCUCCGGCAGCUCAGCCGUCUGCGCCUUCAGCCUGGACGCCAUCGAGAAGGCCUUUGCCGGCAAGUACAAGGAGCUGAACAAGGACUGCUCCCGAUGGAUGACCUACAGUGGCCCCGCCAUGGACCCCCGGCCUGGCAGCUGUUCGGUGGGCCCCUCGUCCGACAAAGCCCUGACCUUCAUGAAGGACCAUUUCUUGAUGGAUGAGAAGGUGGCCCCCAUCCACAACCAGCCCCUUCUGGUGAAGGAGGACGUGAAGUACACCCGCAUUGCGGUGCACCAAGCCCAGGCGGCCUGCGGGGCGGCCUGCACCGUCCUGUUCCUGGGCACAGGUAGGGCGGGCUCCCUCCCCCCGGAAGGACAGA